CGAUCUAAAAGAUCUUUUAUGAUCUACUUGUGUCGCGGCCAAACGUGGCUUUCAAAACGAGGCUUGCGGAUUUCUGUGUCGUCUGCUGUUUACUAGACUCGGAAAUCCAACACACAUUUACUGCACUUAGCUGACAGGAGAUUGGAGCUUUGACAAAUGACCGGUAGUUUACACGCUGGGGAAACUUGUAUCCACUGGAUGAGAUAAGCAACAUAUCCACUGGAUUAAAUAAUCCGUGCGUCGACUGACUUCGCAUGUCCUGUUUUCAUGUGGAUCCAUUUCUUAUAAUCUGAGUUUAAGCUUAAUCUAAAGUUUGUCUUGCUUUUAAAGUUAGCGUUCAGAAACCUGUAGACAUCUGGCUAUACCGACUGUGUUACUGUGCUUAAACAACAGCAACAAAUGUAUUUAUGUGCGAUCUAAAACAACAGCAACAAAUGUAUUUAUGUGCGAUCUAAAACAACAGCAAGAAAUGUAUUUAUGUGCGAUCUAGAACAACAACAAAAAGUUUGCCGGACAAAUGAACGGAUCAAACAUGAUUAAGUGCCCACAGUAAACAUGGAUUAAGCGCACUACAAUGCCGGCCACCGAAGUCCUUAGGCCGAAACGAGUGCCAGACCCUGGCGGUCACGUGACCUUGGAGAAGUUGCCAGAAAGUAAGAGAAAAGGCCGGAGAAAAGGGAUGAAACCGGAAGUGGAUAAAGUGGAGAGGACGAGGGAGAAAACCAAUCUUAAGAAGAGCAGACUUGCUAUCCUCAAACUGUCAAAAAUAGCAGGCCCUGAGAGGGUCCAGCAGCUCAUUAAGAUCGCUGGGGAUGUGAGACGGUCUCAUUUGUUACCUCCCUUGGAAAAUGGGACAAAGAGCAGGGGAGUGUACUCGUCUAUGGACACGAAUCUGUACGAGGACAAAAACUACCACAGAGUCAGCGUGGAAAUGGACAAAAAAAUCAUCACACAUCUCCGGCGCAACUUGAACAAAAGGGGGAGCAGACGUGAGGACACGGAGAUAUCGGGGGGUGGGGCUGGAGCUGAUGCAGAGUCGAGGAGGGGGAGUGUCAGGACAGGACAGUCACGUGCGGAAGGACGAGAUCGUCUCUUCUCGAGCUACUCCGAGAUCGGCGAGAAAAUACGAGACAAGUCCCGACACCCUUUUCCUCAGACCUCGCCCUACACCCUACACCACCAGAACACCAUUGCAUGGGACGGGGACGGCGACACCGGAAGUGCCAGAGACUCUCCCAACAGGCUGCAGAUCUCGCCUCUGGACAACACAGUAUCAGAUGUUGACAGCCGGGGGUCGGCCCGUCAGGGAUCGGGCCGUCAGGGGUCGGGAAGUCAGGGGUCGAGAAGUCAGGGGUCGGGCGGUCGGGUGAGUGUUGAUGCUAUCAAGCACGGGGACGCCGGUAAACUCCGAGAGAAGAUGUUGAUCACUGAGGUCACCAACAUGUUGGGGCCGGAUGUUGGGAUUGAUGUACCCGUGGAUGAUGGCGGCGAUGUGGACAUCAGUGCAGACGAGACCCAGGACUUCCGUCGUCUUGUCGUCAGCCCCGUACAGACCCCCACAGCCAGAAGACCCCUGACCCAAGAAAAUGGCCGCUACACGGUGGGGGAGCGGAUGUUUGACCUGCUGGAUGGGGCGGUGGAGAAAAAAUGUCCGCCUGACCACACGGUCGUUCACCUGUACAUAGCUGCUGAGGUCUCAGACUCCGACGCCGAGAGAAACAUGUUGCAGGAAGUCUUGUACCCCAGGCUCCGAGACUUGUAUCGAGAGAGAGGACAUGAGCUGAGAGUCUAUGACCUUCAGUGGGGGUUCAAGGACGUGCUCUCUGAUGACCACGGGGUACCGGAAGUUCUGAGAAAGUCAAUAGCCAGAACACAGGAGGCUCCGUUUGGCAUCAACUUCAUGAUCAUCCUCGGAGAAAAGUUUGGCGCCCAAGUUUUGCCACAACAGAUUCCAAAAGACGACUUUGACGCCAUCUUGGCUGAAGCUUCAGCUUAUAUAGAGGAACAAAAAUGGCGGCUCAACAUCAAGAUGGCGGACAUUGAGAGCUUCAAGGCCGAACGGGAACGUGAAUACAACGGGGUGGAGGCUUCCGAGCCAACAGAGAAACUGCCCAACGGUUCCACCGACUCUGGUGAUGACGUGUCCCGGAAGUCGAGUAUCAACAAAAAUGGCAGCGAGCCACAGACAGAAGCCACAGACGAACGAAGAAGAAGAAGAAGUGUUGCACAAAAGAAGGAGCAGCAAGCGCUCAGACAAAUCAAAGAAGCCGAGGACCAGCUGCCAGACCUGGAUCUGUUACGUCAGUGGUACCAGCUGGACGAGAACUCGGUGCCGCCAGUCUACAGACUCCAGAACAUUGGAAAUGUCUUCAAGGACAUCCUGAGAAACGACGCCACCAAACGGGCCAUGGCCAAGUCAUCAUUCCAGGCCAUGGCCAACAAACUUCUCAGUAUCAUACACACCUUCGCCCCGCUCGCCCUGAAGAACGACAAGACAUUUAACACCUACACGUCAUCAGUGUUCGGCAUGCAGUUGGAAGACAUCCUGGAACACGACACGUCACCCGCCCACACGGCUUGCGUCAUCAGGACAAUUGACCAGCUGGCUGACCACCUGCAGGACGCCGCGGCUGAGGACUACCUUGACCUCACCAACGACAGGACGCCAUCUUUAGACGAGAGGGCGUGGAACAAAAUCCAGAACAUUCGAAAAGAUGUGCACAAGGGAAUGGUUCCAGAGAAUCACGUGAGCAGCUACCUGCUGGAGUGGUCGCCUGGCGGCAUCAAGCCCGGCAUCCGGCGAGACCACGGCGUGUACGUGGACCGGAUCUCCAGGACGCUCUUUGACCUGACCCUGCACGAGCUGGACACAACGGCAGAGGAGGUGGGAGGGGAGGGGCGACACUGGCAGCAGGAACUGUUUCCAGAAGUCUCGCAGCACGUGAGAUGUUGUCACGAGAAGGCCAGCAAGUUUGAAGGAAGAAAAGACGAGCUGACCAUCAUCAAAGCCUACCUCAGAUCUGACUCAAGGACACCACUGGUGCUCUUCGGGAAACCCGGAAGUGGAAAGUCGGCCAUCUUGGGGAAAACUGCCAAAGAAAUUAACAAAUGGUUUAAAAGUGAUGAUCUGGUACCCAGGGUCAUAGUUCGGGUCAUCGGCUCCACGGUAGACUCUACUGACGUCAGACUGAUGUUACAUCACGUGUGUCAGCAGUUAUGUCACAUCUUUGAUCAGAAUCCUGCCGAGAUUCCUGUGGAUAUCAAAGGUGUGUCCAACGAUUUCAGCUGCCGUAUAUCCAACGCUACAGAAGAAAAUCCGCUCAUCUUUAUUUUUGAUGGAGUGGAUCGGCUCACAGGUCAGUUCGAUGGUAGAAAACUUCAAUGGCUGCCGACGUGCCUGCCGCCUCACGUCAAGAUCAUCAUCUCCACCGUGUCUGACGACCGGUUCGAAUGUCUGCCGGCCGCACGGAAGUUGCUGGACGGUCAUGCCGGAAGUUUCCUGGAAGUCGGUCCACUGCCAGAACACGCGGCUCAAGCCCUACUGGACAACUGGUUCCAGAGCCAGCACCGGACCAUCACUGACCACCAGUACAAGGUUCUGCUCGAGGCUUUCAGGAAGUGUCCCUACCCGUUGUUUCUUAAGGUCGCCUUCACUGAGGUGGUGACGUGGACGUCCUACAUGAAGCUGGAGGCCGUCAAGCUGGGCGAGACGGUCAAGAAACUGGCCACGCUCCGGUUCGGCCGGCUGGAGAGAGACCACGGGGAGCCUCUGGUCAGGCGAGCCCUCGGCUACAUCACGGCGGCCCGGAGCGGCUUGACCUUCAACGAGAUGGAAGAUGUUCUGUCGCUGGAUGAUGUCGUGAUGGAUGAUGUCGUGGCCACACACAGGAUGCAGAGGCGGCGCUUGCCCACACUGCUGUGGGUGCGGCUGCUGGAAGACAUGGGGGAUCUGGUCGCCGAGGUCAGGGCGGAUGGCGUCAAGACGUUCAGGUGGGCGCACGCGGACAUGCACGACGCGGCAGAAGAAAGAUACCUGCUGCAGAGAGACAAGGCGCCGUCCUACCACAAGGCUCUCUCUGAGUAUUUCCUGGGGCUGUGGGCGGGCACGCCUAAACCUUUCACCGGGAAUGAGAAAGGAAGCGACCGGCUAAUAUCGCACCAGGAGCUGUACUUCCAGCCCCAGCAGUCUAAAACUGAGCGCGUGUACAACUUGAGGCGGGUGAACGAGCUGCCGUUCCAUCUGUUGAGGUCCCAGCAGAACGCCCUGCUCAAGCAGCACUGUCUGUGUAGCUUUGAGUGGAUGUUGGCCAAACUCUGCGGCACCUCCCUCAUAGCGCUGCUGGAGGAGUAUCACGUGGUACUGGCUCUAGAGCCCGGGGAGGUGGAGCUGAGGGUAAUCUCGGAGGUUCUCCAACUGUCUCGGAAAGCACUGAUGCGUGACCCUCGUCAGCUCGGCUCUCAGAUCGUCGGUAGACUCCAGCGGAUCAUCACAGCAGACGCCCCCAAAUCCCCGGGGGACCCAAAGAAGUUCCCCACCCUGCUCGUGCUGCUGUCGGCCGCCAAGCAGUCGUCCCUCCCCGUUCUCAUCCCGUCCACCACGUGCCUGAGUGAGCCGGGCGGGAUGAUGUAUGACGUCAUGUCCGGACACACAGCGCCCGUCACGGCCCUGACGCUGACCACUGACGGACUUCGUGUGCUGACCGCAUCCAGAGACCGAACCAUCAAACUCUGGGACAUUCGAUCCGGCAAAGUUUUAAAAUCAAUGAAAGAUCAAGGAUCGGACAUUUCCGUUAUACGAACUGCCAUGGCCAAUUCCUUAGCUGUCACGGUUGAAAAUUCCGUUAUCAGAAUUUGGAAUUUACAAAAUGAAAAAUGUGUUUUUGUCAUCGAUAGCUACAUCGACCCAGCCAGUAUAUGUCUGGCGUCUGACGGCCGUCUUCUGGUUGCCGUCUUUGAUGGGUCAAACGUUUUCCGUUCUUGGAAUCUGGACAAUUUUGGUCUAAUAUGUGAGGAAAUUAUUCCCGACCAUAGCAUCCACAAAGACAAUUCCAUUUUAAUCGCAGACUCUUCUUCCGGCGACCAGGUACUGCACGCGUUCAGGAGCGGCAACUUCGCGACUGUGCAUCACGCGAGGACGGGGAAGAUUGUCAAAAAUCUGGACUGCCACGACAAGUCGUCGGCCGUGGUGGCGCUGGCCAUCUCUAGGGAGUACUUCAUCAUCUGCUGCCGCCAGCAGAACCUGACGCUCAGCGAGAUCCACACGCUGGAACUCUUUGACGCGGCCAAGUGCACGUACAUCAGGAGCAUCCGCGGCUGUCCGCAAGACAGCAUCAGGAACUUGUUCGUGAACCUAGCCGGAAGUCACGCCAUCGCUGUCUCCGUCAACCGCACCAACAAAACAUCAGACGUGGUCCUGUACAACCUGGAGACCGAGGACCACAAGCACCUGGCCUCACAUCCCUGCGUCAGCCCCCUCUGCGCAUGUCUCGACUUCCGGUUCUGCUUGACAGGCGCUGAAGACGAAAACUUCCUGCGGCUGUGGGACCUGAGUUCAAAGGUCAACCAGCCAGUGCCCAAGUUAAAGAAACAACACGGAAUCGCUGACAUAUGGCCCAUGAUAGAUAACCCAAGAUAUGUGGUAGCCAAGGCCAUCAACAACGGACCAAUCAGCGUGUGGAACGUGGCAAAAGGCAAGUGUCUGCAGGCCGCCGUGAGGAUCGAGCGAGGGCUGGCUGAAGGCACGGACGCCAUGGUCAUGCGCAACACCCAGCUGGUCAUCCUGACGGACAAGGGAAUCUCCAGCGCCACGGACGACUCCAGGCCCGUCUUCCAGACCGUGCUGGUCUACGACCUCAAGCUCAAGAGGUACACGCGCCGGCUGACCGGCUGCUACAUCGUGCCGGCUCCGUCACACGAGUACGUUCUGCUGGACAGUGAGAACCUGCUGGGGCCGUCAGACAACAGGACGCACUUCAUCAUCUGGAGCCUGCAGUCUGGACAUGCUGUGGCUAGGAUCAAAACAGGUUUCAAAGAGCUGGAACGGAGAAGGCUGGACAAGGGGACGCAACUGAUCACUGCCCCAAAACUCAAGAGAAGUGACUCGGAGUCUAUGACGCCGUGGGAGAGACGUGCCGAGACAACGUCGGCCAAGACACGACGUCACGAGCAGGAGAAAGAGAGGGAGAAACAGAGGCUGGAGGAGCUGAGGAAGGAGAAGGACAACGCCGUUGACCGCUUCCUCAUCAGCGGCGACCAGAAGGUCAUCGUGGCCUCCUUCUACUCACACCACCUGUGCGUGUUCGACGUCCCUAGCAGAAAGCACGUGCAGACCUUACAGACUGAGUACUCCAUGAUGUUCCUGCACAACGCCGCUCUCACACACGACGGCAGCCAUCUUGUACACGCAAACUAUGACGAGGACAGCAAAAUCAGUUACGUCACUCUGUGGGACUGCACGACAGGGGAGGUAAAGAGAAGAUUAAAAAGGGAGACAAAAGUCGCGGCUAUUGGUAUCACAGAUGACGCACAGCGAAUCGUCAUAGGGCGUGCCGUCAACGAGCUCCAUAUAUGGGACCCGAUGAAGCCGAGUUCCCUGAGACGGAUUCAAGGCUACGACGGUCUACGGUUUGAGAUCAACUCGAAAAUUUUUGUCGUGGACAACGGCAGCAAGGCCAUCGUGUUUGCCGGGGACGUGUCAGUGUGGGACCUGGACCAGGGGACGGCACUGUCCGUGUUCACGCCGGACACCCGCAUCACCGUGUGCAGCACCCUGCUGGGCGGGCAGCUCGUCGUGUUCGGCAUGUACGACAAGCCGGAGCUGGUCAUCCUGAAGCUCAUGUCCGGCUCUAUGCCGCAGACGGAGGACACCGGGGGUGUCGAGCUGUUCGGCGAGACGACAGGCGACACUUCCGACGAAGAUGAAAACGACGAGGAAGAAGCAGAAAAAAGUAAAACCAAAUAAACUUUGAAGAUGUGAGUUGAGUGGAGUAUAAAUAAUUCAAAGCUUGGAUAUGAUGAACUUCCGCUUUCAAUAAGGGGAGAUCAUUUAAAGUCUUUUCUGCUAGUCAUAUAGUUCGUACAAUGAACUAUUUGUAAUGGGAAUCUGUAAUAGAUUCUAGCCCAGUUAGUUUAUAAAGACCCGUACCGUUACCGCAUAAACCCAAUCGUCAUUUAAAAUUCAUUGUAUGCUAACAAAAUUAACAAAUAACUUCCCAAGACUAUUCAUCAAAAAAAUGUAAUCAUUUUUUUUUUUACAAUUUACCUGAAUAGAAAAUUGAUUAUAUCUAGGCUAGACAGUUAAAUGAUAGAAUCAAGAUUCCCUUCAGUUAAAACUCUAUUUCAAAUAUUCUUGAGCAAUGUUUGGUUAUAGAGUGACCGCAGUAGCGUGGUUAAAAUGCCCCACUUUAUUCGACUCAAGCAGAGCCAGGCUUACAUACAGUAACUUGUUCUUUUUUGUGCGAUGUGUGGGCCUCUAGUACUGCAGCAUUGUGAAAGUCGUGAUACUUAUUUAACAAAUGGAAUGUGAUGUCUAAUCAGUAUUAUCUAUAUUUACAAUCAUUCAGUAUUUUAUUCUCCUUGUAAUCACAUCAGUAUUACAAAAUGAUUUUUUUCAACACAUCUUAAAAUAUAUUUAUAAUCAUAAUAUUUAAAACGUAAAUCUUUAAGCUUGAUAUGUAUAGGUUACUAAUUUAUUAUGAUUGAAUGUGUACAAUUAUGCUUGCCAUUAUCUAAAGUUUACUACUAAAAUGAUUGAUUGUGUACUAUUAUGUUUGCCAAUAUGUAAUGUUUACUACUAAAAUUAAUCAUAAAAAAGUGUUUUACAAAUAAACCUGAGAAGUCUG